GCGUGUGUAUGGGUAAAGAUGGCGGAUUUGGUGGCUGUCUUCACGUCGAUUGGGCUAAGUGAGCAGAAAGCGAAAGAGACUCUUAAAAAUGAGUCUCUCAGCUCGUUGCUCAAGGAAGCGAUUACUGUGGCCCAGGGAGCUCUUGGUGACACAUGUGUUGACAAGGCCACCGGUUGCCUUCUGUAUAGCAUGGCCUCACGACUGAAGGAUCCCCGGCGCUUGGCCUUCCUUGCAGAGCUGAUAGCUCGCCGCAGAAUCACGACAGAGUUGCAGGUCACUGCUGCUCUGGAUUUUGUGAAGAGCCAUCCUCAGGAUCCUAUUAAUCAGCAGGAGUUUGAUCAGGCAUGUGGCGUGGGUGUGGUCAUCACUCCGGAGCAGAUUGAGGAUGUGGUAGAGGUGACAAUCAGGAAAUACAAAAAUCAGCUACUGGAGGAGAGAUAUCGUUUCAACAUGGGACUGCUGAUGGGAGAAGCUCGAGCUGCGCUAAAGUGGGCUGAUGGCAAAAUCCUCAAGAAUGAGGUGGACAUGCAGGUGCUCCACCUUUUGGGGCCAAAGACAGAAGCUGACUUGGAGAAAAAGCCCAAAGUUCCCAAGCAGAAGGGCCCUGAAAAUGAAAAGAAAGAGGAGAUGGCUGUAAAUGGGACGGUCAAAUCGGAAGGCAAGUCACUGAUGGAGCAGCUUAGAGGAGAGUCCUUGAAGUUCCACAAACCAGGGGAGAACUACAAGACAGAAGGAUAUGUGGUAACAGCCAACACCAUGAGACUGCUGAAGGAACACCUGGAGCUCACAGGAGGGCAGGUUCGGACGCGGUUUCCCCCAGAGCCCAAUGGCAUUCUGCACAUCGGUCAUGCCAAAGCCAUCAACUUCAAUUUCGGAUAUGCUAAGGCCAACAAUGGGAUCUGUUUCCUGCGCUAUGAUGACACCAAUCCAGAAAAGGAGGAGGAGAAGUACUUCACGGCUAUCCGAGAAAUGGUGGAAUGGCUAGGCUACAAACCGUACGCAGUGACCCAUGCAUCUGACAACUUCCAGAAGCUGUACAGUUUGGCCAUAGAACUCAUUCGGAGAGGCCACGCCUACGUUUGCCACCAGCGUGGGGAGGAGCUCAAGGGUCACAACCCACCCCCUUCCCCCUGGCGGGACCGUCCUGUGGAGGAGUCCCUGUUGCUGUUUGAGAGGAUGAAAAAAGGGAUGUUCGCUGAGGGGGAGGCCACACUCAGGAUGAAGAUGGUCAUGGAGGAUGGGAAGAUGGACCCCGUGGCGUAUCGCAUUAAAUACACAGCCCACCAUCGCACAGGAGAUGAAUGGUGCAUCUACCCUACCUAUGACUACACCCACUGCCUUUGUGACUCAAUCGAACACAUCACACACUCACUGUGCACCAAGGAGUUUCAAGCAAGACGCUCCUCGUACUUCUGGCUGUGUAACGCCCUGGAUGUGUACUGCCCAGUGCAGUGGGAAUAUGGUCGUCUGAAUCUCACCUACACCGUUGUCUCCAAGCGGAAAAUCAUCAAGCUGGUGGAGACGGGCGUUGUCAGGGAUUGGGACGACCCGCGACUCUUCACACUGACUGCCCUGAGGAGAAGAGGGUUCCCCUCUGAGGCCAUCAACAACUUCUGUGCUCGGGUGGGGGUGACGGUUGCCCAGACGACCACUGAGCCACACCUUUUGGAGGCAUGCGUGAGGGAUGUGUUGAACGAAAGUGCUCCUCGUGUCAUGGCCGUGCUGGAACCGCUCAAAGUGACCAUCACCAACAUGCCUGAAACAACACAGGUGGAGGUUUGCGUCCCAGACUUCCCAGCAAAUGAGGAACGGGGCAGCCACAUCAUUCCAUUCACCCGGACCAUCUACAUUGAACAAAGUGACUUCCGAGAGGUAAUGGAGAAGGGAUACAAGCGCUUGACUCCGGAUCAGCCUGUAGGUCUGAGGCACGCUGGAUAUGUCAUCUCUGUGCAGAGGGUCAUCAAGGAUGCCAGUGGGAAGGUAGUGGAGCUAGAGGUCAGCUGCACUAGCUCUGAUGUAGCAGAAAAACCCAAGGCCUUCAUCCAGUGGGUCAGCAUGCCGCUGCAGUGCGAAGUUCGACUCUACGAAAGGCUGUUCCUACACAGAAAUCCAGAGGACACAGCUGAGGUCCCAGGAGGCUUCUUGAGUGACAUCAACCCGAAUUCCUUGCAGGUGAUUGACAGUGCCUUGGUGGAUCGUUCAGUGACUGGGUCAAAGGUUUUUGACAAGUUCCAGUUUGAGAGAAUCGGAUACUUCUCAGUGGAUCCCGACAGCACUGAUGAGAAGCCGGUGUUUAACAGGACAGUCACAUUGAAGGAGGAUCCCGGGAAAAUCUGACUGGAGAUUUGUGAAUCCAUAUGCCAGGGCAUCCCAUAUUGCUGAUGCCCGUCAGGAGACACUGUUUGCUUUGCCUUGUCUUGCGUGUGGAUCGCUUCCUGUUGAGAUCAUUUAUUGUUACAGAUUGU